CUAGCUCGGCACUUCCUGGGCCCGCUCGGUGUUCAGCUCUCUGACCUGCGUCGCCGCCGCUCUCGGCUCUUGAUUUCGCCGUGAUGUCGACCGCAAUGAACUUCGGGACCAAAAGCUUCCAGCCGCGGCCCCCAGACAAAGGCAGCUUCCCGCUAGACCACUUCGGUGAGUGUAAAAGCUUUAAGGAAAAAUUCAUGAAGUGUCUCCGCGACAAGAACUAUGAAAAUGCUCUGUGCAGAAAUGAAUCUAAAGAGUAUUUAAUGUGCAGGAUGCAAAGGCAGCUGAUGGCACCAGAACCACUAGAGAAGCUCGGCUUUAGAGACAUAAUGGAGGAGAAACCGGAGGCAAAGGACAAAUGUUGAGAAUCACUGGGCUGUGUCCCCCUGCCUGGAGCAGAGCUGAGCCCUCCUGCCCACCGUGGAGAGAGCUGAGCCAUCCUGUGCUGCCCAGAGCCAUCCUGUGCUGCCCGUGUCGACUUUGGCUCAUCCCUGCAGCACAAACCAGACUGCUUCCUCUACUGACCACACUUCCGCUUCAGAGAGUGGUUUUCUUCCGUCUGUGUGUGUCACAGGAUCUGCUCAGGGCUGAACACUGAUGUGUUAUGAUAUCCUACCUAGUGUGGCCGUCACACCAGAGGCCCCGGACAGCAUUCCACAGUGACAGCCUGUCACAGACCUGAGUCCUCACACCGGAACCUGUCAGUGAAACCAAGCGACAGCAAAAUGUCUGCCUUUUGUGCUCAUCAUCUUGACUUCCACAUCAUCUUGCUUCCCCUUCUCUUGUGUUCUUUGCUUUGAACAAAACUGGAAUACAAAGUAGGAAGUGAGAAAUAGUUUGGCUUUUGACAU